CACCCUUUUGGUGUUUUAACAUUGAAAACAAAGUGAUUGAUUAUGAUGACUUAUACUCAAUGAUUUUAAGUUAGUUUUGCUUUAUAGUCAGUGUCAAAAAGGUGUGGAUUUAAAGGAAAAUCAGAAGAAAAGUGCAGGAAAAAAAAAAAAAAAAGAGGAAUUGUUAUUCUCUUUUAUGUUCUCCUAUGUAAUCCCCACUUUUCCAUGCGAUUCCACGUACGUAAUCCAUUUUAUGAACCUUUUGCAGUGUAUUCUUGGCUGUUGGUGGGAUGGAUGGGUUUUAUUUUGCUAUUUCUGGUUUUUUUUAGUUAUUUUUAUUGAUUAUGAUAAUACUCAUUAUAUUUGUAAUUUUGAUAAUAAAAAACGUUAAAAAAGAGGGAGAGAAAUUAGAGAGUUUUUGUUAUGAAUGGUCAACCUAUGAGGACAUCAUUCAUAACCCAGAUUCGUUAGUACUCUAUUCAUUUCCUUUUGAUUAGUAAUAUAAUUCAUUCCACAGUCCCCUAAAAUUAACACUUCAUCUCCUCCAUUUCUCUUUGAAGAAAACCCUUCUUUUCUUGGUCUCCUUAGCAGCUUUUGAGCAACACAAUGGGAUUUGAUGAUAUUUGCAGCAGUGGUCUUGGUCUUGGUCUAGGUUGGAAUGUUAAACAAGAAAACUUUUCACAAUCGGAUCAUCAACAAAAGAAGAGGAAAUCGUUGGUGAGAGAUGAGCAUUUUUUCCCAUCUCUGACGUUAGGUCCAUCAUCAGAUGAUGAUGCUCGUAAAGCACAUGGCGACGACCAGCAAGCCUCUUCUGUCACUGCACUGUCUUCGUUUUCCAACUCCAGUGUCAAGAAAGAGGGAGAUGUGGAAUUCGACAGGGUUUCUUCAAGGGUUGGUGAUGAAGAUUAUGAAGGUUGCCAUAGAAAGAAACUUCGGCUUACCAAACACCAAUCUGCAAUCUUAGAAGAUAGCUUCAAAGAGCACACCACUCUCUGUCCAAAACAGAAGCAAGCUUUAGCAGCUAAGUUGGAUCUAAGGCCAAGGCAAGUUGAAGUCUGGUUCCAAAAUAGGAGAGCCAGGACAAAGCUGAAACAGACUGAAGUAGAUUGUGAAUUACUGAAGAAAUGUUGUGAAACGCUAACAGAAGAGAACAAGAGGUUGCAGGAGGAAUUACAAGAGCUUAAAUCAUGGAAACUAACAGCAUCGUAUUGCAUGCAGCUGCCUGCAGCAGCCACCCUCACCAUGUGCCCUUCCUGUGAGAGAGUUGCCAACGGCGGCGAUGGCCUUCCGGCGACGACAACGUCCAUCCCUUUUACAAUCGGACCCAAAUCUCACUUCAUCAAUUCCUUAUCUCACCCUUCAGCUGCCUGCUAGCCAUGAAAAUUAACACUGCUACCUCUUCUAUUCAUGGCUUAUGUGUUAAUUGUAGAUCGUUUCAUGUUUAUAUAUAUAUAUAUAUAUAUAUAUAUGCAUGUAUGUAAUUAUGUAUGGAUGCAUAUAUAAAUUGAAUAUUAGUAUA